AUUUGUUUUAAUUGUCUAAAUUCAUUAACGCACGUGUGACCUUGUAACCUAUUUAAAUAUCAGUGCCCGGCCAACCUGCUAACACGGCAAAGUAGCCUUUUUGUGUGUUUAUUUUGGGAACGUCAGUUUUGUUGUCCUGCCUUUUAAAAGUUGAAGAGUAGUCAGGGAUACAAGUAUCUCACUAAACGGCUACGUUACUUUCUUGUCUCUUGUAGGCUUACUUACUGACCUUGAAACCUACUCAACAUCCUUGCAAACAGACGGUAGCCUAUGCUAAGUCAGUGAAAGGUUAGUCUCGCAUUGCCAGACCUCCACAGCGCUGCAGAGUGAAAGACCCGGGGCUGGUAGUCAAUCUCUGUGGCAUUUCUGGAUCUGACCUGCUCUGAAGGAGACUGCAGGGUCUUUAAGGCAUAGUGUCCGGAAUUCCCUGAUCACCUUAAAAUUCAUGCAGAUGAUUUCCUGCCCCACUACACGUAGCCAUGGCUGAUGAAAUCUCCCCAAGGAUGUCUGACAGGGAAGGUGUUGAAAAGAUAAGUAAUAGGAAACACCAAGAAAGCAAUUGUGUCACUCCUUCUCUCCCAGAUGGACAGAUCUUAAUUAACACUCACCAUGUGAAAACUGACACUUCAUUUGGCGGUAUUUGUGGUAUGAACCUACUUUCAGAGAGCAGUGACACUGGAAUCCUUUAUCUGAACCCCCAAACACCAAACUGGUCUCUCGUGGAGAAGUUUGCUGAGCUUUCACCAGGAGAAGGAACAGGAUUUAAAGACGACAAAGACCCCAGCAGUCAAAGAUUUUUACAAUGCACUAAACCUAUUGACAAUAAACAAAAGCACAAUAAAAUAUAUGGAUCUAAUGAAGUUCUCUUGGAAACUGCACAAAGGAAGGAAAGUAACUGCUCUCUAUACCUCAAGAGCCAUAACAUACAAAGCAAUUUCUCAGCCAGACAUAGGGCAUCUAAACUCAAAGAGGUAAAUGUGGAAGAAUAUUCUCCAGGUGGAGGUGGGAACAAGGCCAAAAAGAAGAAUGUAAACAGUCCUGUUAAGAAAUUACUUAAAACGUGUGAAGAUGACAAGAUCUCUCGACUUUUGGUAGCAAUGAAAAAACGCGGUGGAGUUGACAAAGAGCACCGUCCCUUCAAUUGCACACACUGCAACUGGGCUUUUAAGAAGCUCUCCAACCUACAGAGUCACUUGCAAACACACUCUGGCCUCAAGCCACACGUGUGUGAUAUUUGUGGCAAGGCUUACUCUCAUCAGGGCACACUGCAGCAACACAAACAUCUACACACAGGUGACAGACCAUAUCACUGCCCCUUCUGUGUCAAGACCUAUAUCUGGUCCUCAGAUUACCGCAAGCAUAUCCGCACACACACUGGUGAAAAGCCCUACGUCUGUGACACUUGUGGCAAGGAUUUCAUUCGCUCCUCUGACUUGCGAAAGCAUGAGCGGAACAUGCAUACCAAUAACAAGCCCUUCCCAUGCACGCACUGUGGAAAGACCUUCAAUAAACCUUUCUCCCUGAAGCGUCAUGAGCGUAAGCAUUUGGGAGAAAGGCCAUUCUCCUGCCCUGACUGUGGGAAAACCUUUACUCUGGCUAGUCGUAUGGCAGAGCACCAAAAGAUCCACGCAGGAGUGCGUCCGUACGUCUGCAUGGUUUGCUCCAAGUGUUUCACGAAGUCGUCCAACUUGACCGAGCACGAGGCCAUUCACACUGGAGCGCGGCCCUAUAAGUGUACAGGGUGUGGCGUGGCGUUUGCCAUGGCUUCUCGCCUUGUUCGUCACCAGUAUGUCCACAAUAAAGAGAAGCCCCACAACUGCACAGGAUGCAGCAAGAACUUUAGCGACCUAGACACAUUGAAGCUUCACCAAGAGCAAACCUGUGCUGGGAGGAUCUUUGUCUGUGUGAAGUGUGAUAAAUCUUUCCAGUGUGCCGCAAAGCUUGCACAGCAUAUGCUGAACCACAUGGGCACCAAUGUCUAAAUCAGUUUAAAAGUACUAUGCACUCCAUUUGCAAUAGUGUUUAAAUUAUCAGUUUUAGACAAGGCACAUCCUUUCAAAGUCAUAGGGCACCAGUUUAUUUAUGUAAAGGUAUGAAUGGUAUGUGCCGUAAGAGUUUUAAAACUUGUUCAGUCUCAUUCCCCAUGGUGCUUGGUUUCCAUGAGAAUGUUGUGGGAUAAAAAUUGCCACCAGUUGGGGUCAGUUCUGAAUGCUGCUGCACUUUUUCUUGAAACAAAAGCAGCUAUCACUGCAAAAGUGCUCUAACAUGGCCAUAAGCCAGUGGUACCUCCUGAGACACAUUAUUGUGACCACAUUAAUAGACCAGUUUAAUGGUUUAGGGAAGCUAGCUAAUCAGUCAGUCAGUUUUUUUAUGGUGCUUUCUAUUCAUUAUUAUGUUUGGAAAUACAGCUAUUUCCAUGUAGGAGGAUAUCUUUAAAUAUGUUUAUUAUGUAUUAAUAUAUUUAUAAUACAUAUAUUUAAUAAUUGCCAAGCACAAUAAACAGUUAUGGUUUGGAAGAUGGUCUUUUAAACUUGUGGGAGAAUG